AACUGACCACGUCGAUGACACGGCUUUGGGCGUCAGAAGAAUCCUUCCAGUACUGCCCAGGAGUGAUGCGCGUUACGUGUGCUGACUGGAAUGACGCAGCGUGAAUGACACCGAUCACGUGGAACUGCAUGAAUUGCGCCAUCACGUGGCCAAGAUGAUGCACAUCACGUGCCGUCGUCGCGCAAAUCAAGGGAUCGCUCGCAAGGAUGACGCCGCCCCGCAUGUCACACAACUUGCUUUGCUUUGUCCAAACAGUUCGACGACUCGUUCAUUUUGUAUCGGAAGCUGUUGCAUGGCUGCAAUUGGCAUGAGGCGCACCUGUUCGCGGCGGGAACGCCGUAGUCGUAGCGUUCAUUGGAAGGCGCAGCAUCUAGCUCCUGCAGCCGUCCAGCUCGAUGACCUCAUAGUAUCCAGGCUAGGUAGCUACAACAAACGCCAUGAUGUCUUGCCUUCAUGAACUGUGCCCUGCUUUCUGCUAGUAUAGUACUACGCUUAAACUGACCCUUGAUUAAUCUGAGCACCCCAAGCUCAUCCUUCGGUCUCAGCGUGCAUCAUAGCACAUCCCAACAACAUGGAGAAAAUCAAGAGCAUCCUUCCGGGACACAAGAAAGACAAUGUCGCGCACAACUCAUCUACUGCUGAGGGUCAGCAAGACGCAGUUUACGACGAAUCGACCGGACACAGCGGGAAGCGGAACUUAACGCCGGGACAACCGGUAUAUGACAUCAAGACUACAAGUGGUACCCCCUACACAGAACUGGCCCAACCGAGCGGCUCAGCGGGUCUUCAUGGACAAGGCGCACACAGUGGCACUGACGGGCGCAUUGGAGGCACAACGACUGCACACGGCGAACACUACGACACAAACCAGUCCCAAGCACUAUCGGGUACUGGUCGGUCCAUGGACAACACAAGUACCACUACUUCAGCAACCCAUCGUCCCGACGCCUACCCUCACGGACAUGCCCCGGAGGCCAGCGUCGCAAGUAUCAAGAGCGGAGUGAUUGGCUUUGGUGCGGAAGAGCCCCAAGGACAUGCUGCUGUUUCAACGCACAAUCCUGCUCAGGAGCACCUGGACGCAAACCAAGUAGUCGGAGGCGGGGAACCUGGAACUGCCGGUAUGACUGACGGAAGAGGCGUACAGCCAGGAUCUGGUACUCAGACUUAUCCUCAAGCUGCAGAGAGCCAUAUGAUCGGUCGUGAACCUACAGGUGCUGAUCCUAACUACACAGGAGAGCGGCAACCGUUUAACAACACAUUGCGACAAGAAAGCUACACCGCCGAUACUGAUCGAUCAUUUCCUCUCGCUGGCGGCGUGAUUUCAGAUCCUACUAAGCAUCCCAUGUUUGCACGAGACACGACAGAGCACACUUCAGCGGCCCUUGGUCAGCGUGAACCAGGCACAAAAGAGAAGGAAGUCGAAAUCAGCAACAGUCCUGUUCAUAGCAGCUACGGGCGAGAAGGGCUUGCUGGAGCUGCCGCCGCCGCUGCUGCUGUUGGUGCUUCACACACCAUGUCACCGUCAGAAGAAAAGGAUAUUCAAGACCAAGGUCUUGCGACUCGAGAGGCUACAUAUGGAAAUGCACCACUAGCUACAACUCAACCGGGAAACACAGCGAGCCAGCCGACCACUGACUACCACCCCGAGGCUUUGGCUGCAGCUACAGCUGCUGCUUCCACAGAGCCCAAUAUGUCGCAAACUGCCGACACUGCUAUUCCUACAGGUGGAUCGGCAAGUACCCAUGAACGACCUCACAAUCCACGGUUAGAGUCACGCCAUAGACACGUUCCUGGUGAGUAUAUCACUACGCCAUCGGACGAACCUACAUUUCUCGACUACAGUUCAGUGGUAGAACCCAAAGCCCAUACUCCAAGCGGACUGGCUUCUGUUCAUGAAACUCCUGUUACCACAGACCCUGCACCUCACAGUGGCAGUCACGAGUUAAGGCAUACGGGAACACUUGAUGAACCGAAAUCAAGAUCAUCUACAGAUGAUCAUCAUGCUCGUGACGCAGCCAUUGCCGGGGGUCUUGGUGCUGGCGUUGCAGGCGUGGAGACGUAUGCAGCUUCACACAAGCACGACAGUUCAGAUGCUCAUUCUAGUCAACCGUUUCCCGAAGAGUCCAGUCCUUAUAGCAGCAAAGUACUCGAUCCUCGUGUUCUAGGUGGAAAUUCCAAGUUGGAAGAACAGAAGUUCGAUUCGUUGGCCAAGUCUGAAACCGGUUCCUUGUCGCAAACCUCCAACUCUGUCAGUGGCUCGGCUGUCUCUGGACCUCCAGUGCAACAUGUUACUUUUGCUGCCGAUACUGCUGCACCAGUCUCGAACACAAGCGUGGAACCGAUUAGCACUAUCCCCGAAAAGCAAACUGAGCAUCACUAUGCCCGUGAUGCAGGCUUGGUUGGCGCUGGUGCUGCCACUACUGGUGGUAUAUAUGCUGCAACCCAUGACAACAAUACAAGCAGCGGACCAGCUUCGAACACCAUCGGACCGCACUCUAGCAACACGGCGAACAUCCUGGAUCCUCGGGUUCAGCCUGACCCCAGCCAACAGAUCCAUCACAACAUUGGACCCACCCAGGACGACCCCGCCUCACGUACAAUUGGCCCGCAUAGCAGCAACAUUGCGAACAUUGUUGACCCAAGAGUGAAGCCUAAUCCGUCGAAGCAAAAGGAACAUACCACAACCGGACCGCAUCAGUCGGACACAUUGAACCGCUUGGACCCCAAGGUAGAUGAGAAGGCUGACCAGGAACAUCACUACGGAAGAGACGCUGCCGUCGUCGGUGGUGCAGGCGCUGCCGGCUAUGGUGCUUACGAGGCUAUGAAUGCCUACGGUGACCACAGGAUGACUCAGCCGGGAGCUUUUCUACCAAAUCAAAGAUACGACACUACAUCUUCCGGUGCAGGAGCGCCUAACCCAGUUUCGUCCCGGGGCCAGUAUGACUACAAUGAUCCUACUACGAGGAGUAACGUCAACCGCACCGAUCCCGACGAUCAUGUUAACAGGAACACCGCAAUUGGCGGAGCUGGGCUAGCAGCCGCAGGUCUAGGGGCUGGAGCUUACGCAGGUUCGAGACAUACCGAUGGUACCCAGCAACCGCUUCAUCAGACGCAAGGCUUUCCCUCUUCCAGUGCGGUUGCACCAGUAUCGCAGUCUGCAUACCAAGCCCGUGAUACGACCCAAUCCUCUUACCCCUUACAAGAUACUGCUACACAUGGAUCUUACCCGGGACAAGGUACCAUCGCGCCACAUAACACGUAUGAGCAGGGCCCGGGUGUCCAAACCUAUGGAUCUAACCAGGGUCUCGUAAGGGAGGACCACGAUAAGCGCAAUGCAGCUGUCCUAGGUGGCGCUGUGGGAGCUGCAGGACUAGGUGGUGCAGCGUACGUCAACUCUCAGCACCAAGACCAGCGUGAAGCAGACCAGCAUCUCAAGAAGAUCGCCCACGAGCGCGAAAAGGAGCAGCACGCACUCGACAAGGAACAGCGCCACCGUGAGAAGGAGCUUGAAAAGGAGACAGAAGGUGAAGAGAAGAAGAAACAUGGUCUUUUGGGCUUCCUGCACAGGGACAAGUCCAAGAGGGAGAAGAAAGAUAAGUCCACACCAAGCCCUGAUUCCUCGCCUCGUCAGUCGCGGGAUUACAGUCCCAGACACUCCAGAGACUAUGGCGAUGAGCACCCUGACUCGCCACGCUGGAAAGGCAAACAUCUUCUGCACAAGGACCCCCCCAAAGGUCAUCCCGCUCGUGAGAUGAUGGAACAGCAGCACGAGAGCGGCCUACAUGGGGUAGGAAAGCGAGAACAUGUUGGUAUCGAUGGGCCUAUUGGCAAUCCCGACAUGAUUAGCGGUGACCGUGAGACUCGCAAAGGCGUGUACGGUCUGCAUCCCGGUCCAGAUCUCGAUCACAACACUACCGUCACUGAACCGCACACUGGCCUACCCAUAAACACGCAGUUCGGCACUGGUGCUGGUGGUAUCGAAGGCAACCCUGCUAUUCGCGGCCAUCAUACUCACCCUGACGCGCACCCGACCACGGGUUAUCGGGGUGUAGACGGAGGCGCGGUUAGAAACCCGAAUGCGCCAUACUAAAAGUAUGUUUUUGUGGAGACGUACUGGGAGUUAUGGGAAUACGGGGUAUUGCACGAUUCAUGAUUCUUACGUUAUUCUCUUUGAUUGAAUGAUUAGCUAGAUAUUUUAAUCCAAGCUUCCGGUUUUGGCAGUCUUCUGAAUAAUCUGACAUGAGAUGAUGAAUUGCUC